CUACAAAGAGACAGCCCCCUCUGGAUCAGAGAGUCACACAGCAGCAACGCAGAGCAAAGCAGGAGAAAGUGCAAGAAAAUUGGUAGCCGUCAGUGUUUUUCUGCUGAGUGCUUGCUGCUAAUACAUUGAAGGACCCUGCAGAAGCCAGAUAUAGGGCCAAGAAGGAUGAACUGACCAGCAAUGGAGGUGUUCCACUACAAAGAUAAAGAGCAGUCAUCCAACCUCCUCCUCCAUCUCAAUAGCCUCAGACAUGAGAACAUUCUCACAGAUGUUUUAUUGUGUUCCGAAAACACAGAGAUCCCCUACCACCGCAAUGUUCUGGUCUCCAGCAGUCCCUACUUCAGAGCUAUGUUCUGUAACAACUUCAUAGAGAGGCGGCAGACCAGGAUCAAGCUGCAGGGCCUAACGUCAGCCAUCUUGAACACUAUCAUUGACUACGUUUACACCGGCCUGGCUCAUAUCAGCAUGGAUAAUGUGCUGCCUCUCAUGCAGGCCACAUCUAUGCUGCAGUAUGUUCGUCUUUUCGAGGCCUGCUCCAGUUUUUUUCAGAAUCAGCUGAGCCCUGACAACUGCUUGAGCCUGAUAAGGCUUUCAGAGCUCAUGAACUGUAACACUCUGAGAGAAAAGGCAAAGGAUAUGGCUAUGAAGCGCUUCAGUGAUGUGUUUCAUUCGGAGGAUCUGUGUGAGCUGUCCUUACCGGAGCUGACGGGCUACCUGGAGGAUGAUCGUCUCUGCGCAGAGGAGGAGCAAGUCUUUGAUACGCUUGUUGCUUGGAUCCACCAUGACCCCUUAACUAGAUGCGGCGCCAUCAAUGCACUUUUCAAGAAAGUGCGCCUUCGCCAUGUUCACCCCACCUACCUGUUCCAGUUCAUCGCCAGCGACCCUCUGAUUCAGUCAUCCGCCCUCUGCAUCGAGCUCAUUGAAUCAGUUCGACGUCUCAUGUUUUCUGUCAGCAUCAAAUAUUUGGGGGGUUUGACAGGUGACUUUGAACCUGUGUGGGUUGCACUGAGGCGCGGCACCAACCAUGACAAUCUGGUGGUGGUAGGAGGAAGGAAGAACAAUGAGCAAAGCUCAAGAGAGAGCCAGGAGUGGAAGCGUCUGGCCAAACUUCCUAUCAGACUGUACAAAGCUUCCUAUGCGGCCCUUCACAGUGUGGUGUAUGUUAUUGGACGCCUGAAUACCAAUGCCAAAUACUGCGAAGUCUGCACAACCGUCUACACCCUCUCAUUCAAGACUAACGAGUGGCGGCUGGCCCAGCCCAUUCUGGAGCCUCGUUUUAGCCACCAGAGUGUCUCCUACCUACACUUUAUCUUCAUCCUGGGGGGGCUCGGGUUCGACAGGCACCUGACAGACAGCGUGGAACGAUACAACAGCAUGUUCAACCAAUGGGAGUCUAUGGCCCCCAUGCCAGAGGCUGUUCUUCACCCUGCUGUGGCUGCCACCAACCAGAGGAUCUACAUGUUCGGAGGGGAAGAUGCCAUGCAGAACCCAGUCCGACUCACUAAUGUUCACUUCAGGGCUAAAAAUAACUUUUUUAAAAUUUUGUAGAGCAAAUCAAUGACUCAUUAAAAUGACUCAGUGAAAUGAAAUCAAUGCCUUCAUUCGAGGAGUAACUUUCUAAUCAUUUUUUGACAGUUAAUCCCAGGAACCUGAAGGAAGGAUUUUAUCAACAAUACAACAAAUGAGUUUUGUUUUUCUUUUAAAUAUUUUUUGGAUUUUGUAAAUUUACAUUAUGGAUAGCAGCGAACUGCAUUUUGCUGCCUUGAAACAUUUUUAGUGGGGCAAUUUCAAACACAAUUACUGUAUAUAUUUCAUUUCAAAUUUAGUACUUCUGAAUGGGUUUUAUGGUCUUUUGCCAAGCGAAAUUGAUUUUAAAAAAGAA